AUGUCGACCGCAGUGCAAUUCAAGAAAGUCGUGUUGAUUGGGGCUAGCGGUAACCUGGGCGCCAUCAUAUUACCUAGGCUGCUCAAAUCCAAGGCCUUUGAAGUCACGGUGCUCACAAGAACAUCCAGUGCAGCCUCGUUUCCGGCCGAUGUGUCUGUUGUCAAGACGUCAUAUUCCGAGGACGACCUCGCGGAAGUCUUCCGAGGACAAGAUGCAAUUAUCUCGGCUGUAGGAGCAAAUAGUUUCCAGGAGCAGAAGGUCUUCAUCGAUGCAGCGAUCAAGGCUGGUGUUCAAAGAUUCCUGCCUUCAGAGUUGUCAUCCAACACACUCAGCGAUGUUGUCCGGGAAUUGGUACCUGUUUUUGAGCCAAAGAAGGCCAUACUGGAUUACCUGAGAGAGAAAGAGAACACUGGAUUGACCUGGACAGGUCUAUCAACCGGACCGCUUCUUGACUGGGGUCUCAGUAAUGGCUUCCUAGGAUACGACAUCGCAAACAAAAAGGCUGUGAUAUGGGAUGACGGCAAAAUUUCCUUCUCUGCCACUAACCAAGCAGAUGUUGGAAAUGCCGUUGUCUCGGUGCUUAUGCAUCCAAUCGAAACAGCGAACCAGUACCUCUAUGUCGCGAGUCUCACGACUUGCCAGAAAGCCAUCCUGGACUCACUAGAAGUACAGACUGGCGAGAAGUGGACAGUUGAGCAUGUCAAGACAGAAGAGCAGAUUGCGCUCGGAAGGAAGUUGGUUUCUGAGGGAGACUUCACUGGCAUGUUUGCGCUUGUACGGGCAACGGCAUGGGGAACGAUCCCAGGCAUCAGGUCGAACUAUGUUGUUGAAGAGAAGUUGGCCAAUGCAAUCCUGGAAUUGCCUGAAGGCGAUCUGGACGAAACGGUCAGAAAUGUCCUUCGUUCUCACUGA